AUGGAUCAGAUUAACGGAUCAGUUCACCAAAACGGCCAAAUCGAAGCCAUGUUGUGCGGCGGAGCAGAGAAGACGACAGUGGCUGUGAAGACGGUGUUGGCCGAUCCGUUGAAUUGGGGUGCUGCGGCGGAGCAGAUGAAAGGGAGUCAUUUGGAUGAGGUGAAGAGGAUGGUCGAGGAGUACCGGAGACCGGUGGUGAAUCUCGGCGGAGAGACGCUGACGAUCGGACAAGUCGCUGCGAUCUCCACCGUCGGUGGAAGCGUUAAGGUUGAGCUAGCGGAGUCUUCGAGAGCCGGCGUGAAAGCUAGCAGCGAUUGGGUUAUGGAGAGUAUGGGGAAAGGUACUGACAGUUACGGUGUCACCACCGGCUUUGGAGCUACUUCUCACCGGCGAACCAAAAACGGAGUCGCAUUGCAAAAGGAGCUCAUUAGAUUUCUGAACGCCGGAAUAUUCGGAAGCACGAAGGAAACAUGCCACACGCUGCCGCAAUCCGCCACGAGAGCCGCCAUGCUCGUCCGAGUCAACACUCUUCUCCAAGGUUACUCCGGGAUCCGAUUCGAAAUCCUCGAAGCGAUCACCAGUCUUCUCAACAGCAACAUAUCUCCCAAUCUUCCCCUCCGUGGAACCAUAACCGCCUCCGGCGAUCUCGUUCCUCUCUCCUACAUCGCUGGUCUCCUCACCGGCCGUCCCAAUUCCAAAGCCACCGGUCCCAACGGUGAAACCCUAACCGCUGAGGAAGCCUUCGAGAAAGCCGGAAUCAGCUCCGGAUUCUUCGAUCUGCAGCCCAAGGAAGGUUUAGCGCUCGUUAACGGCACGGCGGUUGGAUCUGGAAUGGCGUCGAUGGUUCUAUUCGAAGCGAAUGUUCAAUCGGUGUUGGCGGAGGUUUUAUCAGCGAUUUUCGCGGAGGUGAUGAGCGGGAAACCUGAAUUCACCGAUCACCUGACUCACAGAUUGAAGCAUCACCCGGGGCAAAUCGAAGCGGCGGCGAUAAUGGAGCACAUCCUCGACGGAAGCUCGUACAUGAAAUUGGCUCAAAAGCUUCACGAGAUGGAUCCGUUGCAGAAGCCGAAACAGGACCGUUACGCUCUCCGUACCUCUCCUCAAUGGCUCGGCCCUCAGAUCGAAGUAAUCCGUCAGGCGACGAAAUCGAUCGAGCGUGAAAUCAACUCCGUCAACGACAAUCCGCUAAUCGACGUCUCCAGGAACAAGGCGAUUCACGGCGGUAACUUCCAGGGAACGCCAAUCGGAGUUUCUAUGGACAACACGCGUCUCGCGAUCGCAGCGAUUGGGAAGCUAAUGUUCGCUCAAUUCUCGGAGCUUGUUAACGAUUUCUACAACAAUGGACUUCCUUCGAAUCUAACAGCUUCCAACAACCCAAGCUUGGAUUACGGAUUCAAAGGAGCAGAGAUCGCCAUGGCUUCUUACUGCUCAGAGCUUCAAUACCUUGCGAAUCCAGUCACUAGCCACGUUCAAUCAGCUGAACAACACAACCAGGAUGUGAACUCUCUCGGAUUAAUCUCGUCUCGCAAAACUUCUGAAGCUGUUGACAUUCUCAAGCUAAUGUCAACGACGUUCCUCGUAGCUAUAUGCCAAGCGGUUGAUUUGAGACACUUGGAAGAGAAUCUGAGACAAACGGUGAAGAACACAGUUUCUCAGGUGGCUAAGAAAGUACUAACCACUGGAGUCAACGGUGAGCUACAUCCGUCACGCUUCUGCGAGAAGGAUUUGCUCAAGGUCGUCGAUCGUGAACAAGUGUUCACAUACGUGGACGAUCCCUGUAGCGCCACGUACCCACUGAUGCAGAAGCUGAGACAAGUCAUCGUCGAUCACGCUUUGUCCAACGGUGAGACGGAGAAGAACGCAGCUACUUCAAUCUUCCAGAAGAUCGUAGCUUUCGAGGAGGAGCUCAAGGUGGUGCUUCCAAAGGAAGUGGAUGCGGCUAGAGCGGCGUACGGUAACGGAACCGCGGCGAUUCCGAACAGGAUUAAGGAAUGCCGGUCGUAUCCGUUGUACAAAUUCGUGAGGGAGGAGCUUGGGACGAAGUUGCUGACCGGAGAAAAAGAUGUGUCCCCAGGAGAAGAGUUUGAUAAGGUUUUCACUGCAAUGUGUGAAGGCAAGAUUAUUGAUCCGUUGAUGGAUUGUCUCAAGGAAUGGAACGGAGCUCCGAUUCCGAUUUGCUAA